AUGCAUGGGCACCUUAUGCAAUAUGGCAAGGCAGUUAUUCUGUUAGCAGUUCUUCGAGCCGUUUCCUUGACCUCACCCUCAAGUCCACAGCUGAACAUAACAGAAACGUUCAUCAAGCUCUCCGGCGAUGCCGAUGAAGACACUGCACAUAAUGCUAUAUUCGCUAUGGGUGUGCUAGGCUUAGCACUUAAGGUUGGAGCUGGACCUAACAACGCUAGUCUACUUGUCAUGCCACGAUGGUUGGUCACCUAUCACCAUGAAGAUCAAGUAGCUCCUCUUAAGAGAUUUCUGCAAGAAGGAUCAGCAUAUGUUUAA